AUGCCUGACCCUCACUUGUCUGUCUCUGCAGGCGGCCACAACGGCAGCUCUCCCACCGCCGGUGCCUGGAACAUAGCUGGCAGCGGCCCGUGGCUGCUGGCCUUCAUGCUGACCGCCAUAAUCCUGGUCACAAUCUGUGGCAACAUGCUGCUCAUUGCCCUGGUGUUCGCCCAGCGCUCCCUGCGCUGCACCUCCAACUGUUUCCUGGUGUCGCUGUUCUUCUCCGACCUCAUGGUGGCGCUGGUGGUGAUGCCCCCGGCCAUGCUCAACGUGCUGUGCGGCGCCUGGGUGCUGCGGCCCGCCUUUUGCCCCAUUUGGCUCUGCUUCGACGUCAUGUGCUGCAGCGCGUCCAUCCUCAACCUGUGCGUGAUCAGCCUGGACCGCUACCUCUUCAUUAUCUCUCCGCUGCGCUACAAGCAGAGGAUGACCCCGCCUCGCGCGCUGCUGCUGGUGGGAGCGGCCUGGGGUCUGGCCGCGCUGGCCUCCUUCCUGCCCAUCGAGAUGAAGUGGCACAGUUUAGGCCACGAGAGCGGCUACUCGCUCAUCCCUGACAACAUCAGCUACUUCUCGGACAAGCUGCACCCGGAGUCGUACUUCCCGCUGUCGUCGCCGGGAGGCCUUUCCUUUCAGUGCCGCUUGCAGGUCACCCUGCCGUUCGCUCUGGUGGCGUCCGUGCUCACCUUCUUCCUGCCCUCCAGUGCCAUCUGCUUCACCUACUGCCGGAUCCUGCUGGCGGCGCGGAGACAGGCGAAGAGGGUGGCGGCGCUGAGCCACCCUCCCUACCCGUCCCGGCCUCCCUCACCCGGGGUCGCGGUGGUGCAAGCUCAGCAGGACGGAGACGACUGCAGUCAUCACGGACCUCCUCACCCACCACACGUACCGCCGUCGGUAAACAGUGAGCGCCGCUUGGCUCACAAGCAGGGCCGGAGGGCGCUCAAGGCCAGUCUCACUCUGGGAGUGCUUUUGGGACUCUUCUUCAGUGCUUGGUUACCCUUUUUCAUCACCAACAUGGCUCAGGCGGUGUGCGAGUGCGUUCCCCUGGCGCUCUUCGACGCCAUUACGUGGCUGGGUUACUGCAACAGCACGAUGAACCCCAUCAUCUACCCGCUGUUCAUGAGGGACUUCAAACGAGCUCUGGCCAAGGUGUUCCCCUGCUGCUCCUCCCAGUCGCCCAGGCGACCCUCGCCGGCCCUCUCCAUCUCUCUACGCAACUCUGGAGAUCCCAACGUGGCCAGCGGCCCGCCGUCGCCUCUGCCCUCCGACCCCACGCAGCCGCCCGCCACGGCCACCGACGCCGUCAACCUGCUGGACGCCGAGCUCGCUGGGAGGGAGCUGCCGCUGCUCCUGCCCAACCAGGUCCAGUCCCUGGACUGA